UCGUACGAGAUAGCCAUGUGUGACGGGUACCACCCAGGAAACUUCCUGCACAAGUUUACGUGCGGAUCUGGAAAUUAACUACAGACGGACGAGAUUUCUUGCAAAGAUCCGAUGAAUAAAUAGUCGUAGUUCUUGAAAAUAAACAGAAUCCCCUCUGGAGUGACAGGUCAUGGCGAGCCCACUAGUCAUAGGCUCCGGUAUGGGGGGUCUCCGCCCAGCCACCAGUGGCGUCAUGUUCACACCGAGGGAUAUCCUGAAGACGUCCAAUGGACUCCGUACCCCAGGCAGUCGGGCAUCCAGGGGGUCAUUUGAAUACGGACGGAUAGAAGAAAGGGUUCCCUCUAGAGCCUCAUCUGCCCCUCUGACUAACACCGUUCUGACAGCCAAUCCCCAACUCAGUGUCAUUGAAGUUGAGCAGCUCAUCCGAGAGAAAGUCCGCCAGCAUUACCACGACUUGAAACAGGCCUGCCAAAACUACGACAUCGACCAGAGCCUGACAAUCACCAAGGGGGAGCUGCGCCGGGUCCUAGACAUGUACUGCCAGCCCCUGACGAGGGAGCAGUUUGACGCCGUGGUGGCCAAGGUUCCCGUCAGUGCCAACGGGACCGUCAAUUACUGUAACUUCCUGGACAGGUUUGCCAGCAGCGGCGAGGGUUCGCGAGAAUCCUGGAAAAUGACCUCGGGUCAUAGAUACAGCUACACUAAAUCUCCCCAGGACAUGGGUAUCGACGUCUUGGAACGCCAGCUGAGGGAGAAGGUGGCCGCCAACCUCAAAAACUUCCUGAAAGGAUUACAGCUGUUUGACUACAACCGGGACGGCAAAGUGCAGAAGCACGAGCUGCGUAAGGUCAUUGAGAACUACUGCUUCAGGAUGUCCGAUGAACAGUACGACAGAUUAUGGUCACGGUAUGAUUUCCACCACAAUGGAGUCGUCAAUUACAAGGAGUUUCUGCAGAGGCUUGGCGUCAAUGUCAAACGUCACGAUGUCAUGUUUCCUGAAAGCACAAAGCCAUUAUCCUUUUCUGAGAGAGAACAAAACAGAGCCAAGCAAGUGGAACAGCUGGCUGUCUUCAACGGAUCCGAUGACUCAGUCCGAGGAAUGACCUUCCCUCAGAUCGAGGCAGAGCUCCGCAAAAGGCUGAAGGAAAAUUACGUGAAUCUCAAGAAAAUGUUCAUGGCAUUUGAUGCCCGGCAAGACGGCUUCGUAUCCUUGGACGAUCUGAAGAGCAUUCUGAUCCAGUUUACACUGCCGAUGUCCGAUCAGUUGUUUGCCCAGCUUAUGGAUAGGUUUGGAUUAAAGGCCUCCCAUAAGAUUCCCUGGGAACACUUCUUGGAGAAGUUCCAGAAUCCUAGGAUUGAAGGCAACGGACAGACUCUUCCAAUCAAACCCAACCACAAAGUGAAUCCAAUCCGGGAAGGUGACAGUGAGAUGGAGGUUGAGGAUAUACUGGAACUGCUGCACAAGCACGUCACCAACAUGUACCCUUCUAUCAAGGAAGCUUUCUUGGCAUUCGAUCAGAAUCGGGACGGCAAAGUCACAAGAAAGGAGCUACGCAAGAUCCUGGACAAAUUCACCAUCCGUCUGAACGAGCAGCAGUUCAAGGGACUGGUGGCAAAGCUGGACCCCAACAAUGCAAACAACAUCAAUUACCACACGUUCCUGGACUUGUUUGAAGUCCGAGAAACAAAGGAGGGUCAUAAAUGGCUGGACUCGGAGCAUCGCUGGAAUGACCGGGCGCCAGCUAACCUAGCCUGGUCCACGGUAGAGGACAUCCUGCGAGAGAAGAUCGAGGAGUACUGGAAGAGCGUCAGCUCAGCCUACCGUCUGGCCGAUCCCGAGAGCACGGGAGCCAUCGGCUAUAAGAGUCUGAAGAAGAUCCUCAAUCGACAUGUGCUGCCUGUCUCCGAUGAACACUUUGACGUGUUGUGGAGUCAGUGUGAGGAAUCUCCAGACGGUAAGAUCUUGUUUGCCGAGUUCUUGCAGAAGCUAGGCGUGGACGUCUCCCCGGGUGACCUGGUUGGGCCAAGCACUAGGAUACAGGUGCUGAGUGAUCUGAGCGAGCAGCAGAGACAAGCAGACUUGGAUAUCAGGCUGACCAAUGUGCAGCUGAAUGCUUUAGAGAGAACCAGCCAGAUGCCGGCUGAUGAGGUGAUGGUCAAACUAAAGGACCGCAUGGCUCAGAAAUCCGGCCGCAUCCGAGAGAACUUCCUGCGGUACUGCAAGAACAGGAGAGGCAAGCUCUACAAGAAGGAAUUCAAAGAGGUCCUGAAAUCUUUUGGGAUGUACAUGUCCGAUGAGCAGUUCAGCAAGCUAUGUGAGGUCAUCGGCUUCAACCGGGGCCCUCUAACUUACUCGGAUUUCGUGGAGCAGUUCGAGGAUCCCAGGGUCGGAGGCCCAGGGGAGGAGAUCACACGAGUUCCCAACCACCGCUACACGGAGCUGCCGCUGUACAACAUGACGGCGGAGGAAGUAGAAGGCCAGCUCAUGGACAAGAUGAGGCAGGCGUUUGGGAGCCUACGCACCACCUUCUACAAGCUGGAUGACAACCACGACGGACUCGUUGAGCAGGAUGACUUCCGGCGGCUGAUGGACGCGCUGAUGUUCACCAUCUCAGACGAGGAGUUCAAGCGAUUGAUGAGCAAGCUGGCAAUCAACAAGAGGACCAAGCUGAGCUAUAAAGACUUCCUCGAGCGCUUCCAGGUGGUUGAUGCACCGGGAAGUCACAAAUGGCUGGACUCGGAUCACAGGUUCAACAAGACCAUAGACCCAGUCCAGCUUGCGGCCGACCAGGUCCACGAUAUCCUGGUGACCAAGGCGCAGAGGCAGUACCAGGACCUGGCCAAGGCCUUCAUGUCUAUCGAUAAGAAUGGUAACGGUGUCAUCACCAAGAAGGAACUCCGAGAUCUGCUCUACACCUUCAUGCUUCCCAUGACCAAAGAGGAAUUUGAGGUCCUCUGGAAAAAGUAUGACGUGAACAGCAAGGGGUACAUAGACCACCAGCAUUUCCUGCGCAUGAUGGGCAAGUCCUUCGCUCCUGGUGACGAUGCCGGGGUCAGUCGUAGGAUCGUCGAGGAUUCCUACGAGGCCCUGGAGGACCAUCACAUCAACCAGAUGGAUAAACAAAUGAGCAUCACAGUGAACCAAGCCAGCAACGCCACCUUCAUCUCAGCCAGUCAGCUAGAGCAGGGCCUGAAGGAUCGCUUCAGGGACCGCUACGCCUCCUUCCAGACCGCCUUCAAUCAGCUAGACCUGAGCAAGACGGGCUACAUCACGGUCAAGGAGCUCAAGCGAGUCCUGCUGGAUCACAACUACCUGGUGGAUGAUGAUACGUUUGCUGAGUUCUUACAAAGAAUUGGAGUGCAGUCAGAAAGGGGUAAACUGUCCUACAUUCAAUUCCUGGACGCUUUUGACGAGGCAAGGGAGUCGCGCUAUCGGCAGAAGAACCACCCAGUGGUACGACCAGAGAGCUUCUCUCUGCUUGGCCCAGACAAAGCCAUGAAGAAACUCAAGAGAAUGAUGAGCACUCAACUACCGGUCCUCAGAGCUGCCUUUGGGGCUUUUGACAAGGACAAAAGUGGACGCAUCACAGCACCCCAGCUGCGUCGCGUCUUGGAUAACUUCUGCUUCAAGCUGACGGACAAGCAGUUCAAGCACCUCAUGUCAAAGAUCCGUGUGAACUCCGACCUGACCCUCAGCUACAUGACCUUCCUGGAGGAAUUCUCCACCAAUGAAAAUGAGAUUGCCAACAACUGGUUUGACUCCCUGAACAAGGUGGAGGAGGACACCUCCCAGUCCCCGCCCCUCUACACCCUGGAGGACCUACAGCGGGACCUGAGGGAGACAGUCUCGGCCCGCUUCUAUCGAUUCGCCGAGCGGUUCGCCGAGAUCGACUACGCCAAGAUUGGCGUGGUGUGUAAAGAAGACUUCAAGAUGGUGAUGGACGAGAUCGGCUUCAGGAUGAAUCCAGACCAGUUUGACAGUCUGUGGAACACGCUGCCAGUCAAUGAGUUUGGCAACGUGGAGUAUCGUCGCUUUCUCAAGCUGUACAUGGUGGAUAACCUGGACGUGUCCAAGUUUGAUUCGCUGUCUGAGAUGCCCAGGGCUGGCUCAGUUCAUCCGGUGCGGCAGAUCUACACCAGCCCGGCAUCACGGACACCCAGCAAAAUGUCUGGCAGGCUGACUGGUCAACAAUCUCGUCUGGCCACACCCCUCGUCAACGCCCACGGGGCGGAGCAGAGACUCAAGAGCCAGAUAGGCAAGCAGUGGAAGGAUGUCCAACGUCUCUGCCGACAGAAAGAUCCUGACAGUACGGGACAGGUUAACGCUGAGGACUUCAAAGCUAUCUUGGAAGGUCUUGGGUUCUCAUUGUUUGGGGAGGAGUUUGAUCAGCUCACCACCAAGUACGACUUGAAGGGGAACGGAAAGUUUGCUUAUCUGGACUUCCUGAAGCAUUUUGUGCUGAAGCUGCAGCCGGUGGCCGAGGAAGGAGACAGGACACUGACGAGCAGACAGAGGAUACAUCCAUCUAAGAUUCCGACCAAGCCAGGCUCAUCCAGCACCGACAUGAUCGAGGCCAUGCUGAGGGUCCGCGAGUGCAUCCUGGACAACUGGAAGCAGAUGCGGCGCGUGUUCCGCGGCAUCGACCCGACCGGCACCGGCAUCGUGACCGCCGCCGAGUUCCGCUCGGUCCUGCGACAGUUCAACAUCAACCUCUCCGAGGACGAGUUCUUUCACCUCAUGACCUACUACGACAGGUGUCUGGAAGGCAAGAUAUCAUACAAUGACUUCCUCAGGGCGUUCCUUCAGUGAAACCUACGUUGCCAGUGGUGUGACAUCAAACAAGGAUUUUCCAUCCUUGUUCAUAAAGAUCCAAAUUCAGGGGUGAGAUUUGUGGAAAAUGAAAAAUCCACGAGGUAAUCGGCAGAGGGUUUGAGGGUUGCCAAGGGCCCAAGAGCAAUGGUAUGUGUAUAUAUUUGUAUUUACCUAAAGGCAACCCUUAAAAUACCCAUUGUGGUGUUACAUUUAAACUUUUAUAGGUAAAACAAAACUUCACAGUAAAACCUCAGGAAUUCCAGAUUUGAAAGGGAUUCUUUAAAAAUACUGAAAUCGGGAAAAAUCCUGACCACAAAUAUCCUGAAAUCAGGAAAAUCCUGACAAAAUCCUGACAAAAUCCUGCCAAAAUCCUGACAAACUUCACCCUUUGUCAAAUUGCAGUUUUUAAAAGCAUUCUGCAUUUAGAUAAGGGUAGACAACCAAAAUGUGUUUGGUUGCCUACCCUUAUCUACUUUGGGCCAAGAUGGGAAUGUUGCACGGACUGUGUCUAGCCUUUCUUGCGGAGGGGCCGAGUGCUUAAGAUUGGUAAGGAACCAAACUUGCAUGAAAUAUGUCUUUGAACUCUUUUUUAAAACCCUAACAUACCGCUGCAUGGUAUGAUAGAUAAUUAACCUAUCGCGGUAGAAUCGCGUCAACGCAACUUGUGAAAUAUUGUCCAAUUACAUGAUAUACAAAUGGACGCGGAAUGCGCAAAAUCUGAGACAAUCAAAACUUAACGUACAGAAUUCCAUAGGGUUGUCUAAGGGGCGUGGCUAACUCGCAAAUGGCGAUAGGUCAAUUGUGCUAGUUAUGGCCUAAUUUUAAACUAUGCAUGGAUUUCGUUGUGGCGAAAAAUGUAAUGCAAGACAAGAGUUUUGAGACUUUUUUGCUGUAGCUUUAAGCCCGGUUCAAACUUCACAAGAAAGCAAGUGCGAUGCGAAAUUCAUGUCAUCAACAAUGGUGGACGCGCUUCGAAGGUAUUGUCGACGUCACGAACUUCGCUUCGCUUUCGCGUAAGUAUGCGGCGAAACUCAUUUAGGGUUGCAUGCAUCCCACUACAAAGCCUAUUUAAAACAUAUUCCACAAUUACUUUUUUUUCAAACCUAUGUUUACAUAUUAAAAUUUCUGUUAUUUCAAUCCGCACAUAUUAAAAUUGCAUCAUCCUGUACUACAUUUGCUAUGCUAUUGAAACAGCGGUUUCAAUUACAGUUUGUUUAAACUUUGGUUGAAGUUGACAGAAACACAAAAAAGCAAAGGUCAAAUUUUCCUUUAUUAAUUGAAAUCUCAAAAAGGUUUUUUAGUUUUGCAUACAUUUUCUGAAACAUAUUACACAUGUAGCUGCGUGAAUCACACAUUUUGAGAAAUGACACUGUUUACAUAUUAACGGUAGCUUACUGAAACUUAGGCACACAGUUGUAGCACAGCGUUAAGUUUCUAUUUGAGCAAAGCACUAGCCAAUUUUAAGAUAUGAUACACACCAUAGGAGGGCAUUAGUUGGUCUGGGUAAACUAUUUUGUGUUUACCCAAAUUUACCCAAGCCAAAAUAGCGUCUUCCUAUUGUGUCUGUCAUCUCUCAAAUAGGCUAAUUGAAAUUAUGCUAGAAUACUGUGUAUAGUUAUCAUAAAAGUAUUACACAUAAUAAGCAUCUAUACAUAAGCUCACCAUUUCCAUGCAUAAUU